AUGAGUGAUGAGUCCCUAAGCUACCAGCCCUCUGCUGCUGCUGCUGCUGCUGCUGCUGCUGCUGCUGCUGCUGCUGCUGCUGCUGCUGCUGCUGCUGCUGCUGCUGCUGCUGCUGCUGCUGCUGCUGCUGCUGCUGCUGCUGCUGCUGCUGCUGCUGCUGCUGCUGCUGCUGCUGCUGCUGCUGCUGCUGCUGCUGCUGCUGCUGCUGCUGCUGCUGCUGCUGCUGCUGCUGCUGCUGCUGCUGCUGCUGCUGCUGCUGCUGCUGCUGCUGCUGCUGCUGCUGCUGCUGCUGCUGCUGCUGCUGCUGCUGCUGCUGCUGCUGCUGCUGCUGCUGCUGCUGCAGGAUGA